AACGGAACGGGCAGCGGUCUGCCUCCUCUUCGACCGGAAGCCCCCUCCCCUAGAGAAAACGAAAACCCCUGUCCCUCUGGGCGGCCACGGCGGCGGCGAGACGAGCGAAACGCUAGGCGGAGCCACAGGAAGCAACUUCGUCCAUCAUCAUCCAAGUAUUGAGCUGAAUCCAAUUAGUUUUAAGUAUCCUUGUGGGUUGCCUGUUAACUCUGCAGUGUUGAGCUGAAUCCAAUUAGUUUUUAAGUAUCCUUGUGGAGGCUUCACCAACAAUGCGUGUAAAGCAGAUGGAAACGAAUCAGGCACCAGGAUUUGGCGUUGAACAGAAAUCAGGACCAGACAAUGCUGUUGAAGCUGACAUUAUCCCAGGAAAGCAAGCUGUUGAGGUCCUAGGAUCAGAGGUUAAUCAAAAGUUUGCGGAAAUGUGCUUAGAUACUGCUGUGGAAACUGACAUUAUCUCAGAAGAGCAAGCUGAUCUUGAGGCAAGGUUGGAAAUUAAUCAAAAGUUUGGGGAAAUACGCCUAGGCCCUUGUGUAGAAGCUGGCAGUAACCCAGAAAAUCAAGCUAAUCCUGAGACGAGAUCGUUGGUUGAUCAAAAGCUUGCAGAGAAUGGUCAGGACAUAGUCAUGGAAGCUGAUGUUAACCCAGAAGAGCAAGCUGCUAACGCAGGUGUUAUUUACCGCUGCAAAAAAUGUCGAAGGAUGGUAGCAACACAAGAGUAUGUUGUUACGCACGAAGUAGGCCUAGGCGAGAGAUCCUUCUCAAGGCACAACAGCUACCAUGUGGACGAGAAGGAGCCUGAAUGUACCAGGUGCAUCUUUGUGGAGCCCAUGAAGUGGAUGCAAGCUGUGGAAGAGGGGUACAUUUUGAACAAGCUUUGGUGCAUGGGAUGCAAAACCCGGCUGGGAUCGUUCAACUGGGCAGGGAUGCAGUGCGGCUGCGGAGCCUGGGUGAUCCCGGCUUUCCAGCUGAUCAAGAGCAGGAUUGACGAGUCCCAGAUUUAACCAGCCAAUCAGAUGCAACAGCAUGUUUAGGCAACAGUAGCGGCUAGACUUCUGUAGGCAGUGUAGCUAUGAGACGUGUUUUUAUAUGUACAGAUAAAGUGCUUAUCUGCCAACUUGCAUCCUGGAGCGUCCGAUCGUUGAUGGAGGGUGAAAAAUCACGCGCUGGGUUCCUGGCCAGCAACAUAAGUCUAUUUUGCAAAUAA